GAGUAGAGACGUUUAUUAUGUAGAUCUAUAUCAAUGACCCUUCCACUGUUGUAACCCGCGUUUUUCCAAUCUUGCGGAAACGUGUCAGAAACGACAUAGACAAGUGCCAGGCUGAAACGGUCUUUUUUUUGUGAAAGUUUCUCUGAAAACUCCUGAAAAUGCAGCGGGCCUUUCUGAAAUGUACCACGGCGAUCGUUGUUCUGCAAAUUGGGCUGAUAUCAAGUGCACCCUCGACUAGUCGGGGGGCGCGUUUGAGCCUCGCCGAUUGGAACAACUACAAUUAUCACGAGCCGAACGGUCCGGGGACGUACGCUUUUGGCUACGACAUCGACGACGCUGAAAAUGACAACGUGCAGUUCAGGAACGAGGAGCGGCACGCCAACGGGACAGUGACGGGCAGCUAUGGGUACGUCGAUCCGGAUGGUACCGCCAGGAUUGUCAAUUACGUGGCUGACGAGCGAGGUUACAGGCCAACCAUUGAGGAUUCACCAAUAAAACUGCUGAAGCCUCUACUCCUUCCAGGAAUAGCUGAGUUGUCCCAUCUCUCAGAGAACCCUAGUAACCAGCAGUUAGUAGCAGAGAGUCAAGACAUAGAAUUCAAAUCAAAAAAUUUCAACGAAAAAGCCCCAAAAGAAAAAUAUGGUUUCAUCAACAAUUCACCACAUCCUGUUUUAGGCUCUACUAAUAAUAUCCUUGGAAGUAAUAGAAUUUCAGUGAAUGAAAAACCAGUUGUUGAAGAUGUAGACCAAGAAUUCCACACAAAAAUCGUCACCCCCAACCAACAGUACGGAUACAACAACCCUUCUCUUCCAGUUUCAGUCUUUGGAUCAACCAGCAACGGUCUCCAAAGUGCUUUUGCUUCGAACCAGUACAACAACUUUGUAAACACAGGAUUUCCAACAACAUAUCCGAAUGGUUUUAAUGGAAGACCCUUUGGUACCUUGCAAAGUGCCUUUGGAAGCAAUUUUGGCAACCAAAAUCACUUCCAAGGUGUUUGGCCACCUGUGACGACCACAACUGAGGCAAUUUGGCCUGGGUUUGAUAUUUCGACUUUGUUUGAGUCGAGGAUUGGCCAACCAAAACGUACUUUGAUUAAAAUUGAUAACAAGAAGAAGGCUUAAAUAAUUUACUCAAGAUGUUUUAUUAAUUAGGUCAAAAUAUUUAUUUAAUUUAUUUAGCAUUUAAUGAAUUAAUCUAUUUAUUAUUAUUAUUUUUAUCACUAAUUUAUUUAUGUAACUUAUUUAUUUAUAUAUUUAUAUUAAUUAAAAUAUGAAAUAAAAGAGGAGUUGUGAAAUAUG